AUGACUUCACCCUUUCACAUCUCGAGGGGCCUCGACCUUUGCAUCUCAUCCGGCUCAUCGGACAUCACAGUCGCGCCUACCAAGAUGCGCCCCUCGACGUGCAGCUCCACACUACCGCUCCUCAGCCUCCUCUGGCUCGCCCUCUUGGUCCACCUAGCCCAGUCAUGGGGCUGGGGGCCAUAUGACAGCGAGUGGAGAAAACACGUCCAGCCCGUCCACCACCCGGAGCUCGUGUACCGCGUUGUCGUCCCGCGAAACGGAUCCACGCCAACAUUCAGUGGCAACGGCACCUAUACUAGGACAAAUGCGACGGGCGCAAUCCCACUGAGCACCGCACGGCCAACGCCUGUCGCGAACUCGAGCCUUGACACCUCUUGCGGCGAGGACUCCCCCUUGUACAACCUCCAAGCUCUCUUCACCUCACAAAAAGAAAAGGCGACCGGGUUCGGCGUGAACCGAGGGACGAAGCAUCUUUGCAUCCCCAAAACUACAAACUUCCCGUUGAUCGCGAUCGUCGAGACGAGGCUGGACAUCGGCCCGCUGUAUUUCCUUGACGCAAACUUCGACUGGCUAUCGCCCAGACUAUGA